AAACAAAUUUUUCAAAAAGAUGUUCAAUUUUCAAACGAAACGAGAAUUAGUAGGUUUUAAUGUAGAAAAAAGUACAAACGGAUAAAGAAAAAACCACGAAAUAGCCAAUAACAGUGAAAAAUUUAUCUGACCUAUACACCAACAAGUGCUCCAAUCUUCGAUUCUGUCGUUCCAUCUGUUCAAGGCAUAAAAGUUGCGAUGAGAUUGAGUCAAGUUCCAUUGCUCCAGGAGCUGACAGGGAAUGGGCAAUGAGGUAUAAAUAAAUUGAUGAAAAAGACCAAGAGUUGAAUUAGGGUAAAGGGCAGUUAAAACCCAUUAUCAUACUACAGUUUCUUGAAGAACUUAACACAAUAUUGCAUUAUUCUACUUGUUGCCUAAAAGCAAAAAUAUGACAUUUUACAGCAUUUCCAGAACAAAAUUGAUCAUUUGUCAGUUUGGCCUACAAGACAACAUCAUGAAAUUGCGCAUGGAUACAAUCUUAUGAAAACCAAUGAGUAGAAAAAUAAAUUUGUGAAACAAUAUUAUUCACAAUUUAAAUGUGCUGUGAUAUUUUAGUUAUGAAUGAGUUUGAGGAAGAAGCCAUAGAUCUGACUAAUGUUGGGUGCUCAGGGGAGUACAUCAAUGUUAUGGAAGGCUAUGAAGAUCCUGCACCAAUUGAAGAUAGUGGGACAAGCGAUCCUUUUGAAAGCGAAGGGUCUCAAGAUGAACGGCCAGAAAGAAAGGAAAUAGUCAUAGGAAACCAUAUCAAAGUUACUGAAAAAGAUCCACCUUCGUAUGUUUGCCAGAUUUGCAAUCAUGAAUUCAGAUGGAAAAAUCAAAUUAGGUAUCAUGAUUAUUGCGUGACUGGAAAACGGCCCCUCAAAUGUAAGCUUUGUGGAAAACGAUUUGUAAAAAGAUCUCACUUAGAAUAUCACAUUAAAACGCAUACAGGAGAAAGACCUUUCAAAUGUUCUGUAUGUGGAAAAGGUUUUAAACAAAAGGAUAAAGUGAAGCGGCAUGAAAUUAUUCAUACUGGCAGAGUGGAAAAGGAUGAAUUCAAAUGUAAAGUUUGUGAUAAAGUCUUAAGUGGGAAACAAGCUUUAGCAAACCAUAAGCUUACGCAUAGAAAGAAGAAAUUUGUUUGUGAUAUUUGUAAAAAACAUUUUUCAAAUCCUACAUACCUUAAACAACAUGUUAAAAGGCAUUCAAAUGUUCCUUUGUUUAUUUGUGAACACUGUGGUGCAUCUUUUAAUAAAAAAUCAGAUUUGAACAACCACCUUGGUGCUCAUAGAGGAGAAAGGAAGUUCAAAUGCGACAAAUGUUUAAAGCAUUUUAGAAGCAAGCAGGGUUUAGAAAGGCAUAUGGUCGUACAUAGCGAGGAAGCAGAUUACGAGUGUCUGUUUUGUUUGACAACAUUUGGCAGGAAAGACAAUAUGACAAGGCAUGUCAAGAAUAAUCAUCCAACUGAAAAAGAUGGUGUAGCAAAGUGUAUGAGAAACAGAAAGAGUGUGGCACUUAAGAGAGGAAUUGGUGAAUCUGAUUCUAACUCUUCUGAGAACAAUUCAACAGAAAUUACUGAAAAAGAAUCUCAAAAAAAUGAAAAUCAGUGUGCCCUGGCAUCCGUCAUUGUACAUACUAAUUCUGUGAUAAGGCAAAACUCUGUUGAAAGCUCUCAUGAAACCCAGCAACGAGAGUCUGUCAUUAAAAUAUGCUCUUCUUUUAAACAGUGAAUUUUUUGUUUAAUGUAAGAUUGUUUAUUAUAAAUGUGUCACCCUCUAAAAAGGCAAACAAUGUAUCUUACAUUUUUUAAAUCUUGUGAUCUUUCCUCUUGAGAUCUUCGGGAUGAUUAAUGUUUUGCUUGGUCAUUUUCAAUCAUUUUGGACUGCCUUUUCUCAAAUGAUUCCCAAUCAUCAAUAGUGACAGCUAAAGACCAACAACAAUCUGACAGAGCAAAAUAACUAAGAUAUGACCAAGCUACAAAAUUAACAUUAAUUUAAUAUACGAGUACAAUGUAAUAAUGAAAUUUAUAUGUUGUGCCUUCUUUUGUCAGUUGUUAAACAAUUGUCUGUGUCUUGAUUGUCCCUGAUUCCCUGGGACAUACAAGUUGUGGGAAUGAUCAAAUGGUAGGCGAUUGCCAAGUGCCAUUG